AUGGCUAACAAAGAUCUGAAUGCUUCAUGUAGUAUUUGUCCAGGAAAAUGCAUUUGGAAUUCGCAUUUUAAUAAUCCUUAUCGAUUUGAAUUAUAUCAAGAAGAUGAAACAAGAACAUCAGAAGAAAUGAAAAAACGUUAUGAAAAAGCUCGAAAUGAUGGUAAAACGGCACUCAAUUUAGCUGAAUUAUUGAAAAAAGAUUUCGAAAAAACACAAAUGACAGUCUAUGGUAUGAUUGGUAAUGCACGUAAAGCUAUUGAACGACUUGAACAAAUAGCUUUAAAACCAAAUCCAUUAUCAUUGUUAAUUAUAUUGAAUUGA